AUGAGGAUAAGCUGGGGGCUUGGCCUUGGUCGAGUCGAAUCCGUCGACUACUAUGCCGGCGUUCUUGUGCCUCUGGACGAGGCUCACCUGCACAGCCACUCGGCCCGGACCGGCCGCGUGGAAUUCGAGGCUCGCGACUUUGAGCUCGACGACGACGACGACCAAGACGAAACCGGCGCCGCCAAGGAUCGCGGCGACGAGGAGCGCGAGGGUAUGCUUGAAAUGGACGCCGCCGAGUACAGCAUCGACGGCCUGCGCAAGGCCAUGCGCGACGGCCGUCGCGGCCAGUGGAGCGAGUAUGAGAUCAAGUCCAAGCUCAUCAACAAGGCCAUCCAGGACAUUGGCAUGGGCUCCUACAACUGGCAGCUCUUUGUUCUCUGCGGCUUCGGCUGGUUCGCUGACAAUCUCUGGCUCCAGGGUGUCUCGCUGACGCUGCCUUCGCUGUCUGCCGAGUUUGGGAUUGACGAGAAGACGGUGCGAUAUACCACCAGCGCCUGCUUUGUCGGCCUGUCCGUGGGCAGCUUCCUCUGGGGCAUUGGAUCUGACUUCUUCGGUCGCCGUAUAGCCUUUAACAUGACGCUGCUCAUCACCAGCGUUUUCGGUGUCUUGGCUGCCUAUGCGCAGACGUGGGGUGGCGUCUGCUUCUUCUUCGCGGCCUUUGGCUUCGGCGUCGGAGGCAAUCUGCCCGUCGACGGUGCCUUGUUUCUCGAGUUCCUACCUGAUGCGUCAAGUUCACUCCUCACACUAUUGUCCGUCUGGUGGCCCCUUGGCCAGCUCGUUUCGUCUCUUGCAGCCUGGUAUUUUAUUGCCAACUGGCCCGUUGAGCAAGGUUGGCGCUACUUUAUCGUCACCAUUGGCAUCGCCACUUUUGCCAUGUUCAUUGUCCGCUUCUUCGUCUUUCACCUUCUCGAGUCGCCAAAGUUUCUCCUCAACAAGGGUCGCCAGAACGAGGCCGUGGCAGUCAUUCACGGUCUUGCUUACAGAAAUGGCUGCAAAACAUGGCUUACAUCCGACAUUCUCGACGAGGUUGCCGCCGAGGACGACCAGCGCGCCGAAGGCUCAUCUGCCCAGCAAGCAUUCAGAUCUGCUCCCACCAAGAGCGUUCUCAUGACCAAGCUAAAGGGGUUCUCUACCGACACAAUCCGGCCUCUAUUCCAGAACAAGACGCUUGGUCUCGCCACUGCUCUCGUUUGGUUUUGCUGGGCCAGCAUCGGUAUGGGCUAUCCACUCUUCAACGCCUUCUUGCCCCAAUACUUUGCCCGCACCAACGGGAAUCAAGAUGGCGGCGUGCAGUCGGAGACGUCUGCCAUCUCCAAUACAACCUACCGCAACUACGCCAUCACCUCCAUCAUGGGCCUGCCUGGCAGCCUUCUUGCCGCAUAUCUCGUCGAUCACCCUUCGCCGUUCCUCGGCCGUCGUGGAACUCUGGCCGGCUCCACCCUGCUCUCUGCCGUUGGCCUCUUCUUCUUUGUCCUGUUUGGCACCACGCCCACCUCGCAGCUCUUCUUUUCUUGCGUGGAAGCCUUUAGCCAAAACAUCAUGUACGGAGUCUUGUACGCCUUUACGCCCGAAAUCUUUCCCGCGCCGGUGCGUGGGGCGGGCAGUGGCGUAGCCAGUUUCCUGAACCGCGUGACGGGCCUCAUGGCUCCCUUGCUGGCCGCCAACAUGCCCGGUGACAGUGCGAGCACACCAAUAUACCUGUCUGCCGUGCUUAUUUUAUCUGCAUUCGUCGCCAUGUGCCUGAUUCCUAUUGAGACGCGAGGCGCACAGCGUCUAUAA